AUGGCCAGCAACCCCGGCAAGUCGCGCUGGGCCGAGACCGAAGAAGACGUCGCAUACGAAGCCAAGCUCAAGAAGCAAAAGGAAGAGAAGAAGCGACUCAAGGCUGAGAAGGCGCAACGACUUCAAGCAGCGGAGGAGGAGGAGAAGAGUAGGCGGAGGGAGGCUGCGGAGCGUGCGAAACCGUCGACAGGCGUCGAGGACCGACCCCACAAGAAGCGCAGAAUCUCGCCCGAAACCGACGAUCCAGAAAAGGUUGUCGGGAGGAAGCGUCUAAAGACCUCGCUAUCGUAUUGGGCGCCAUGCCGUUCGGAGAGGAACUACACCAAGCUAAACGACAUUGAGGAGGGCACAUACGGGCUAGUCUCGCGCGCGAAAGAUAAUGGAACUAGCAGGAUCGUAGCUCUCAAGCGCCUAAAGACGGAUUCCAAGGAUCGCAACGGCUUCCCGGUGACGGCGAUGCGCGAGAUCAAGAUCCUCCGAGCCUGCGAUCACCGAAAUGUCGUGAAGCUCUUUGAGACCGUCGUCGCCGCCUCCGAUACAGCCUUUCCCACUGUUUCUCUAGUUCUCGAAUUCGUCGAACACGACCUCCGAAGCGUCCUGGAGGACAUGACCGAAACCUUUGUCCCUUCCGAGAUCAAGCGCCUAAUGCUCCAGCUCACCUCAGGCGUCGCCUACAUCCACGACCAUUACAUCCUCCACCGCGAUCUCAAAACCUCCAACAUCCUCCUCAACAACCGAGGCGUACUCAAGAUCGCCGAUUUCGGCAUGGCCCGCUACACCAGUGACCCUCCACCCGAUAACCUUACCUCCCUCGUCAUCACCCUGUGCAUCGGCUGCAUAUUCGCCGAGCUGCUCGAGCGCAAGGCCCUCUUUCGCGGAUCCGCCGAGGCCGAUCAAAUCUCCAAAAUCUUUGAGCUCGUCGGCCUACCAUCCGAGGAUGACUGGCCUGGCUUCCGGCGGCUUCCCAAUGCUAAAUCGCUCAAGCUACCCCGACAGCCCGGCCCCGUCGAGGACCGCAUACGACCCCGGUUCACCGACCUUACCAAGGCGGGCUGCUCCCUCAUGAGGGACCUCCUAUCUCUGAACCCAGACAACCGGCCCACGGCCAAGGAGAUGCUUCAGCACCCGUAUUUUGGCGAAGUUCCCAAACCCAAGGCCGAGGCGCUCUUCCCCACGUUCCCCAGCAAGGCGAACCAGGAGAGGCGCCCGCGCAAAGAGCCCCAUGCCCCUGCGAGGGGCGACCGGGCCGUCAAGCUAGGCGAGAUCGACGUGUCCCACCUUUUGGCAACCGUGACUCCGAAGCUAAAGGGGCUGGAUUUCGGUUGA